AUGAGAGCACGUAUUUAUUUUCAUUCGUUACGUAGACCGUCCCCCGGAUCUCCUGAAGUGUUGGGUUUUAAUUUAUCAAAUUCACCAAUUAAAACGACUCCUCUACUGAUAUAUUUAUUUUUCUCAGCUCCACCUCCAUAUUACCCUCCAACCGCUCCCUAUCCAACACAGGCUCCAUACUCGUAUCCAUCGUAUCCACAAACUAACCAGCCACCAAACAUUGGAUUUAUUGGAUCAGGCUAUCAACCUGCAAAUGCCCCCACAUAUGGUGCACCUCCAACCACAGUGGUUGUUAAUCAACCGACAGUAAUCGCAAUUGCAUACCACCGAUCUCCUGUUGGCAUAACUUGUCCUUAUUGCCAUAACUUUGGCAUGACAAGAGUUCAGUUAGAAUCCGGAUACUUACCGUGGUUAUUAUGUGGAAUUAUGUGUUUCUUUGGUUUGUUCUUUGGUUGUUGCCUGAUUCCGUUCUGUAUGGAUUCCAUAAAAAGUGCUAGACAUUUCUGUCCGUCAUGUCAUCGCCAGGUUGGAUAUUACAGCCCCAUGUAA